GGUGCAGACUACUGGUGUUUGGGGCAGAUCCAGCAGCUAGCAAAAGAGGAGCAUAGACGGCAAGAAGAAUGGCACCCAAAACAGCGCUCAUGGCUCUGCUUCUGCUCGUCCUUGUGGCCGGCGAUCUUGUCCAUGGCCACACCAUUCCGCCGCCUCUCGCACGCACCCGGCGGAGCCUCGGCUGGAUGCAAGGCAUGAAGGGAGGGCCGCCCAGUGGCAUGCAGCCAUCAGAUACUGCUGCUUCCGCCGCCCGCCGCCGCGCCAUUUCUUGGGUGCAAAAAGGUAAGGAAUGGCUGCUUCAUGUCCUUGACCCAUUGCCAGAAAUCGAGAGGUGCAUGCUUCUUAUGACUUUGUGGAGGAUUUGGCACAUCCGUAACGAAGUGUUACACCAUAAACCUGCGCCCCCAAUGGAAGCGUCCAGGAGGUAUUUGGUGAGUUACCUUGAUUCCUUGGUUGGUCUUAAAAUUGAUCUAUCUUCUGAUCCGAGCAAAGGGAAGUCCUUAGUUACAUACGACAGGCCACUUAAAAAUCCACAUGUUCGAAUAGUUGAGAGCACUCCUGUCAAAUGGUGUCCCCCUAUGGCGGGUUGGGUGAAACUGAAUACUGAUGGGUCCUUUGCAGUAAAUGGUACGGCUGGUGCGGGGAUGGUGCUGCGAGAUGACAAAGGCGAGGAAAGCCGCCGGGACGCCAGCAGGGAGGAAGGCAAGUUCAUCGCGGCCGUGCCUGGUUUCAAGCUCCUGCCCCUUCCUCCCAACGCUCCCUGAGAAGAGAUCGCAUCACAGGGUGAGCAUGCAUGCAUGUCAUGCCAUUGACCACCACUAGGUUUGUCAUCAAAGGUGUGGGAGUGUUCAACGAUGCUUUAUAUAUUGUUCAAUAAGUAAGGCAGCAUCGUCUGCCUUCGUUCAGUAACUGUAAGGUUGCAGUAUCAGCUGUAAUAAAGGGAGAAAACAGCGAGCAUACUCAGAU